CAUUCAUAUAUGCAUGCACAUAUAGACAGUCAUUCACACAUGCACAUACAUGCAUAUGGGCUUUCAUUUGAAUGGGCAUGCAUUCUUUCAUGAUGGGAAUCAAGAUGACCCCACAGGUACCAUGUCAAGAGAUCCAUUACAUAUUUCAGGAGGUCCAGUCACAAGAGCUAGAGCUAAGAAGAUGAGAGAAGCUGUAAAUGGCCUUAUUGAGCAGAUCUGGGUUGAUAACAACAUACAACCAGCAAAUCGAAGCUUGGAUGAUUAUCAAGGCAUGAUCUGCUCAAUAAGGCCAUUUAAAGCUUCUUGCAUCUUCUUAGCUCUAGCUCUCGUGACUGGACCUCUUGGAAUAUCAACUAACUGCUCACCAUUUGAGGUUGCGUAUGGUUUUAAUCCACUGACUCCUUUGGAUUUAUUGCCAUUACCUAUUGAUGAACAAGCUAGUUUGGAUGAGAAAAAGAACGUUGAAGUGGUUAAGCAACUACAUCAGAGGGUGCAGCAAAACAUAGAGCGACGAACUGAGCAAUAUGCAAAUCAAGCCAACAAAGGGCAAAAGAAAGUUGUGUUUGAACCUGGACAUUGGGUUUGGGUGCAUAUGCAGAAGGAGCAAUUCCCUGCACAAAGGCGUUCUAAGUUGCAACCAAGAGGCGACGGACCAUUUCAAGAUUGCAAGGAUAAACGACAACGCAUACAAGUUGGAGCUUGCUGGAGGAAUCCUUUUGAGGAGAGAGGGAAUGAUGGGAAUCAAGACGACAGCAUAUCUACUACGUCAUGUGAUCCAUUACACACCCAAGGAGGACCAGUCACGCGAGCUAGAGCUAAACGAUGCGUGAAGCUUUAAAUGGCCUUACUGAGCAGAUCUGGGUUGAAAACAACAUACAACAAGCAAAUCAAAGCUUGGAUGAUUAUCAAGGCAUGGUAAACAUCAUUCAGGUUCAAGAGAAGCUUAGUUGAGGUCCUUUGCAUGGAAUUACAUAGUUUGCGUCAAAAUUGCACAAUUCUUCUGCAAUUUGUAGCAAACUGAUAUUUCAUGUUAUUUUAGGUUAUUUUUAGUGAUUUUCACGUUUUUUGUAUUAUUUUUGGGCUGAACAUUCACUUAUUUGAAGCCCAAUUUGUGGUUAUUAG